CUGCGGGGCUCGCGGCGGGGUUGAGUGACCCGGCGGCCGUGGCGCCGCGGCUGGAGGCGGCCGGGAGCCGGUAAAGCCGAGCUGUCUCGAGGGAGGAGCAGCGCGGGGUCGUGCCGCGGUGCCGUCCGCGGCUGAGGAAAAUGGUAUUCGAGUCCUUGGUCGUGGACGUGUUGAACCGGUUCCUGGGCGACUAUGUGGUGAACCUGGACAAGUCUCAGCUCUCUCUGGGCAUUUGGAAAGGAGCCGUGGUCCUCAAGAACCUUGAAAUUAAAGAAAAUGCAUUGAGUGAACUGGAUGUACCAUUCAAAGUUAAGGUUGGUCAUAUAGGUAGUCUUACACUUAAAAUUCCAUGGAAAAAGCUUUAUACUCAACCAGUUGAAGCUGUUUUGGAAGAAAUCUAUUUACUCAUAGUGCCUUCUUCUAGAAUAAAAUAUGAUCCUAUCAAAGAAGAAAAGCAACUCAUGGAAGCAAAGCAGCAGGAACUAAAAAGAAUAGAAGAAGCAAAGCAGAAAGUAGUUGAUCAAGAAAAUCCUCCGGAGGAGAAACAGGACUCUUUUUCAGAAAAAUUAAUUACUCAAAUCAUAAAAAAUCUUCAAGUGAAAAUUUCCAAUAUCCAUGUUCGUUAUGAAGAUGAUAUCACAAAUCAAGACAAACCACUCUCAUUUGGUAUUUCCCUUCAAAAUCUCAGCAUGCAGACAACUGAUCAAAAUUGGAUUCCAUGUUUACAUGAUGAAACUGAAAAACUAGUUCGUAAGCUAAUCCGAUUAGAUAAUCUCUUUGCUUACUGGAAUGUGAAGUCUCAGAUGUAUUAUCUGAAUGAUUAUGAUGAAUCAUUGGUAGCCUUGAAAAAUGGUAUUGUCAAUGGAAAUAUUGUUCCAGAUGGUUAUGACUUUGUUUUUCGACCUAUAUCUGCUAAUGCCAAGCUUCAGAUGAACCGGCGAUCAGAUUUUGACUUUUCUGACCCCAAAAUAAACCUGGAUGUUGAGCUACAUACCAUAGUGAUUGAGUUUAAUAAACCACAGUAUUUCAGCCUCAUGGAGCUCCUCGAGUCCAUUGACAUGAUGACACAAAACCAGCCCUACAGAAAGUUCAAGCCCAGCGUGCCUCUUCACUACCAUGCCAAAGAAUGGUGGGCUUAUGCUAUACAUGGUAUUCUUGAAGUAAAUGUUUGUCCUCGUUUACGGAUGUGGUCUUGGAAGCAUAUUAGAGACCAUAGACAAAAAAUGAAACAAUAUAGAGAAUUUUAUAAGAAAAAGUUAACAAGUAAGAAGCCAUCUCCUGAAAUUCUCAUGUCUUUGGAGGAGUUGGAGAAAACCUUGGAUGUUUUUAAUAUAACCAUAGCUAGACAACAGGCAGAAGUUGAGGUAAAGAAAGCUGGAUACAAGAUUUACAAAGAAGGAGUAAAAGAUCCAGAGGAUAAUGCAGGAUGGUUUAGCUGGCUGUGGACUUGGUCAGAAUCAAAUGAUAAACAACAACUAGAAGUUAAACCUGGAAUUCUUGAAGAAAUGUUGACACCUGAAGAAAAAGUUUUGCUUUAUGAAGCAAUUGGUUAUAGUGAAACAGCAGUUGAUCCAACCUUGCCAAAAACAUUUGAAGCCUUGAAGCUUUUUGUUCACUUGAAAAGUAUGUCUGUUAUUCUAAGAGAAAAUCACCAAAAACCGGAGCUGGUAAACAUUAUAGUAGAAGGACUUAGUACUUCGAUUGUGCAAAGGCCAGGAGCACAAGCCAUAAAAUUUGAAACCAGAAUUGAUUCAUUUCAUAUUACUGGCCUUCCAGAUAAUUCAAGAAAACCCCAUCUACUGUCUUCAUUGGAUGAUAUGUCACUCUUCCAGAUUACAUUUGAGACGAACCCUUUAGAUGAAACUGUUGCUCAGAGGUGUAUCAUAGAGGCUGAGCCUUUAGAGAUAAUAUACGAUGCAAGGACAGUCAAUAGUAUAGUGGAGUUCUUCAGACCUCCAAAAGACGUCCGCCUAGCACAACUUACUUCAGCAACUUUGACAAAACUUGAAGAAUUUCGAGAUAAAACAGCAACAGGUUUGCUGUAUAUUAUUGAAACACAGAAAGUUCUUGAUCUCAGAAUUAAUGUGAAGGCUUCAUAUGUUAUUGUCCCACAGUAUGGAAUUUUUAGACCCACAUCAAAUCUUCUUCUUUUGGAUCUUGGUCAUUUAAAGGUAACAAGUAAAAGUCGAUCAGGAUUACCAGAAAUGAAACCAAGUAACACUAGUCUUGAAGAGAUAAUGCUCAGAGCUUAUGAUUCCUUUGAUAUUCAGCUUACCAGCAUACAGUUGCUUUACAGCAGAGUGGGUGAUAACUGGAAAGAAGCACGAAAGCUCAAUGUAUCGACCCAGCAUAUUUUGACACCUAUGCACGUCAAUGUAGAACUCUCUAAAGCCAUGGUUUUCAUGGAUAUCAAGAUGCCCAAAUUCAAGAUUUCUGGAAAAUUACCUCUUAUUUCAUUACGAAUCUCGGAUAAAAAACUACAAGGGAUUAUGGAAUUGUUUGACAGCAUUCCAAAACCUGAACCCAUAACUGAUCUGUCUGCCUCUGCCAAAUCAUUCCAGAUUCAAGCAUCUACUUCUUUGCCAGCAUCACAGAUUUCUCAGAAGUUAAUUCCUUUAUUGGAACAGACUUCUGUCCCCGAAGAUGAUUCAGAGGAAGAAUUUUUUGAUGCACCAUGUAGUCCCUUGGAAGAUUAUUCUCAAAUCCUAUCUAGAGUUAGAAGUACUCGACCCAAAAAAUCACAAAAGAAAGAGUCUUCAGUGAAUUUAAUUCAACUUAGGAUGCGAUUUGAAGUAGCAGAGGUUUUAAUUCAGUUUUAUCACCUUGUGGGAGACUGUGAACUACCCGUGCUAGAAAUGGGUGUUUUAGGAUUGGGUACUGAAGUUGAGAUUAGAACAUUUGAUUUGAAAGCAAAUGCCUUUUUGAAAGAGUUCUGGUUAAAAUGUCCAGAAUACUUAGAUGAAAACAAGAAACCAAUUUAUUUGAUCACCACCCUGGAUAACACAAUGGAAGAUUUGUUAACGUUGGAAUUUGUGAGGGUUGAAAAAAAUGCACCUAGUUUAAAAAGUACUUAUAACAAUGUUUUGCAACUUAUUAAGGUCAAUUUUUCCUCUUUGGAUAUUCAUUUACACACUGAAGCACUUCUCAAUACAAUGAAUUAUCUUAAUAAUACCCUUCCGCAAUUAGGGGAACAAUCUGCCCCAGUGCCUGUUGCAGAGACUGAAGACAAAGGAGAUCUCAUUAAAAUGCUUGCUUUAAAGCUACCCACAAAUGAAGAUACUAUUACCUUGCAACUUUUGGCUGAAUUGUCUUGUUUACGGAUUUUUAUUCAAGAUCAGAAACAAAAAAUUUCUGAAAUUAAGAUUGAAGGGCUUGAUUCUGAGAUGAUUAUGAAGCCAUUAGUCACUGAAAUAAAUGCAAAACUAAGGAAUAUAAUUGUGUUAGAUUCUGAUAAAAUGGCUGUAUACAAAAAGGGUACAUUACUUCAAAAAUUGACUGUAAUAUUUUGGAUUCUUCUCAUCAAGGCUGUUUAUAUUACUGGAAAAGAAGUUUUCAGCUUCAAAAUGAUUUCUUACAUGAAUGCAACUGCUGGCUCUGCAUACACAGAUAUGGAUGUGGUUGAUGUUCAAGUUAAUUUAACUGUUGGUUGCAUUGAAGUCGUGUUUGUCACAAAAUUCCUAUAUUCUAUAUUGGCUUUUAUAGAUAAUUUUCAAGCAGUUAAAAAUGCCUUGGCUGAAGCCACUGCUCAAGCAGCAGGAAUGGCUGCGGAUGGUGUAAUGGAACUGGCUCGAAGGAGUUCUAGGUUCGCAUUGGAUGUCAACAUAAAAGCCCCUAUUGUGGUCAUCCCUCAGUCUCCAGUGUCUCACAAUGUUUUUGUUGCUGAUUUUGGCUUAAUUACAAUGAAAAAUACAUUUGUUAUUGUGACAGAAACCCAGAGUAAUCUCCCACCUGUAAUUGAUUUGAUAACAAUAAAAUUGAGUGAAAUGAGACUAUACAGGUCUCAGUUUAUGAAUACUGCAUACCAGGAAGUGCUUGACCUGCUACUACCUUUGAACCUGGAAGUGAUUGUUGAACGAAACUUAUCCUGGGAGUGGUACAAGGAAGUUCCUUGUUUAAAUGUAAAAGCUCAGCUAAAACCCAUGGAGUUCAUUCUUAGUCAAGAAGAUUUAACAACCAUCUUUCAAACACUGUAUGGCAAUAUAUGGUAUGGACGAGAUGUUUAUGUCCCAUCUUCUGUAAGUAAAGACAGCGAAAUCAUGACUAGUGGAGCCAACCAUGUUUCCAACCAUUCAGGAGGUACCAUGGUGACAGCUGCUGUGGUGGAGGUCCACCCCCAGGCCUCUCAGGUUAACACGACUCUGAACGUUAGUUUCAGGACUGAUUACCUCACCAUGGCACUUUACAGUCCAGGGCCUGAAGAGGCCUUCUUUACAGAUGUUCGUGAUCCUUCUCUGAAACUUGCUGAAUUUAAAUUGGAGAAUAUUAUAAGUAGUUUAAAACUGUAUACAGAUGGCUCUACAUUCUCUUCAUUCUCAUUAAAAAACUGUAUUUUAGAUGAUAAAAGGCCUCAUGUCAUGAAAGCCACGCCUAGAAUGAUAGGACUGACCCUUGGAUUUGACAAAAAGGACAUGGUAGACGUAAAGUACAGAAGAGUCAGAGACACUUUUGUGACUGACGCAGUUGUGCAAGAGAUGUAUGUUUGUGCAAGUGUGGAGUUUCUGAUGACUGUUGCACAUGUCUUUUUUGAUGCCUACAUGACUACUAUGGCUUCAGAAACCAGUGUUCAAACAUGGACUACUAAAGAAGAACCUGCACAGGAUUUAGGGAAGUGGGAAAUAAAUAUUCUAAUAAAAAACCCUGAGAUUGUUUUUGUGGCUGACAUGACAAGGAAUGAUGCUCCUGCGUUAGUCAUUACAACACAGUGUGAAAUUUGCUGUAAAGGUGACCCUGAAAGCAAUACAGUGACCGCUGCCAUUAAAGAUCUCCAAGUCAGAGCAUGCCCAUUUCUUCCAGCCAAGAGAAAGGGCAAAAUCACCACUGUUUUACAGCCUUGUGACUUGUUUUAUCAGGCUACUCAGAUAGGAACAGAUCCACAAAUGAUUGACAUAUCAGUAAAAUCUCUUACACUAAAGGUUUCACCUGUUAUCAUAAAUACCAUAAUAACUAUUACUUCAGCCCUUUAUACAACUAAGGAAACCAUCCCAGAAGAAAACACCUCUUCUGUAGCACAUUUAUGGGACAAGAUUGAUACUAAGAAUCUGAAAAUGUGGUUUCUUGAAGAAUCCAAUGAAACAGAAAAAGUAGUUCCAUCAAACGAAUUGAUGCCAGGAGGAGAGACACUGAACUUGAAUAUUGAUUCUAUUUUUAUAGUUCUUGAAGCUGGAAUUGGUCAUAGAACAGUGCCGAUGCUGUUGGCAAAGUCACGCUUUUUGGGGGAAAGCCAAAACUGGAGUACUUUAAUAAAUCUCCACUGUCAGCUUGAGCUGGAAAUUCACUACUAUAAUGAAAUGUUUGGUGUUUGGGAACCUUUACUGGAACCCUUAGAAAUUGAUCAGACUGACGAUUUUAGACCAUGGAAUCUUGGAAUCAAGAUGAAAAAGAAAGCAAAAGAGUCCAUCGUUGAGUCAGAUAGUGAAGAAGAAAACUACAAAGUACCAGAAUAUAAAACUGUUAUAAGUUUUUAUUCUAAAGACCAGUUAAACAUUACAUUAUCCAAGUGUGGCCUUGUGAUGUUAAAUAAUUUAGUCGAGGCAUUUACUGAAGCUGCUACUGGAUCAUCAGCUGUCUUCCUAAGGGAUCUAGCACCAUUUAUGAUUUUAAAUUCUCUUGGACUUACUGUCUCUGUUUCACCAAGUGAUUCUUUUAGUGUACUCAAUGUUCCUAUGGCAAAAUCAUAUGAACUGAAAAAUGAAGAGAGUUUAAGUAUGGAUUAUGUACGAACUAAGGACAGUGAUCAUUUCAAUGCAAUGACCAGCCUAAGCAGCAAACUCUUCUUCAUUAUCCUUACGCCUGUAAACCACUCUGCUGCUGACAAGAUUCCGUUAACAAAAGUGGGACGGCGUCUGUACACAGUAAGACACAGAGAGUCUGGAGUUGAAAGAUCUAUUGUUUGUCAAAUUGACACAGUUGAAGGAAGUAAGAAGGUAACAAUCCGCUCACCAGUGCAGAUUAAGAAUCAUUUUUCAAUUCCAAUUUCCAUUUUUGAAGGGGAUACAUUAUUAGGAAUUGCUUCACCUGAAAAUGAAUUCAACAUACCAUUAGCAUCUUACCGAUCAUCGCUUUCUUUGAAGCCAGAUGAUAAGGACUACCAAAUGUGUGAAGGAAUUGACUUUGAAGAAAUCAUAAAAUAUGAUGGACAACUUCUAAGGAAGAAAUGCAAAUCUAUACAUGCUUCUAAGAGAUCAUUUGUUAUUAAUAUUGUCCCAGAAAAAGAUAAUUUGACUUCUCUGUCAGUGUAUUCAGAAGACGGCUGGGACUUACCAUAUGUAAUGCACUUGUGGCCACCUAUCCUCAUUCGGAAUCUUCUUCCCUACAAAAUUGCUUAUUACCUAGAGGGCAUUGAAAACACAGUUUUUACUUUAGGUGAAGGACAUUCAUCACAAAUUUAUAAUGCUGAAAUGGACAAAGCCAAGCUGCACUUAAAAUUGCUUGACUAUCUUAAUCAUGAUUGGAAAAGUGAAUUUCAUAUAAAACCUAAUCAACAAGACAUCAAUUUCAUCAACUUUACCUGUCUCACAGAAAUGGAAAAGACUGAUUUGGAUAUUGCUAUCCAUAUGACUUACAAUACUGGUCAGACAAUUGUGGCAUUUCAUAGUCCAUAUUGGAUGGUCAAUAAAACUGAUCGGAUGUUACAGUACAAAGCAGAUGGAAUCCACCGAAAGCAUCCACCUAAUUAUAAAAAGCCAGUUCUCUUUUCCUUUCAGCCAACCCACUUUUUUAACAACAAUAAGGUUCAGCUCAUGGUGACUGACAGUGAGCUCUCUGACCAGUUCUCCAUUGACACUGUUGGUAGUCAUGGAGCCAUUAAGUGCAGAGGCCUGAAGAUGGAGUACCAAGUUGGUGUCACUAUAAACCUCAGCAGUUUUAAUAUUACCAGAAUUGUGGUAUUUACUCCUUUUUAUAUGAUUAAAAAUAAAAGCAAAUACCAUAUAUCAGUGGCAGAAGAAGGAAGUGAUAAAUGGCUCUCUCUUGACUUAGAUCAGUGUAUCCCCUUCUGGCCUGAGGAUGCCUCCAAUAUUCUUCUCAUUCAAGUUGAAAGAAGUGAAGGUCCCCCCAAAAGGAUACAUUUUAACAAGCAAGAUAGUUGUAUUUUAUUGCGACUGAAUAAUGAGCUUGGAGGAAUUAUUGCAGAAGUUAAUUUGGCUGAGCACUCGACAGUUAUUACAUUUUCAGAUUACCAUGAUGGUGCAGCUACAUUCCUACUAAUAAAUCAUACCAAGAAUGACCUUGUUCAGUACAAGCAGAGUUCUCUCAGUGAAAUAGAAGAUUCCCUUCCUCCUGGUAAAGCAGUAUAUUAUACAUGGGCUGAUCCAGUGGGUUCUAGAAAGCUGAAGUGGAGUUGUGGGCAAAGCCAUGGUGAAGUAACACAUAAGGAUGAUAUGAUGACCCCUAUAAGUGUGGGGAAAAAAACCAUUUAUUUAGUGUCAUUCUUUGAAGGUUUGCAGCGUAUUAUUCUAUUCACUGAAGAUCCAAAAGUGUUUAAAGUAACGUAUGAAAGUGAAAAAGCAGAGUUAGCAGAGCAAGAAAUCGUAUUGGCAUUACAAGAUGUUGGAAUUUCACUUGUCAAUAAUUAUACAAAACAAGAAGUAGCCUAUAUAGGCAUUACAAGCUCUGAUGUGGUUUGGGAGACAAAACCAAAGAAAAAAGCAAGGUGGAGGCCAAUGAGUAUAAAACACACCGAGAAGCUGGAGAAGGAGUUUAAGGAAUACACGGAAUCUUCGCCUUUGGAAGACAAGGUUAUUGAGUUGGACAAUAACAUUCCGGUUCGCUUAACACCUAGUGGCAAUGACAUGAAAAUUCUACAACCACAUGUGAUAGCUGUACGGAGAAAUUACCUCCCAGCACUAAAAGUAGAAUAUAACACAUCUGCACACCAGUCAUCGUUCAGAAUUCAGAUUUAUAGAAUACAGAUCCAAAACCAGAUUCAUGGUGCUAUUUUUCCUUUCGUGUUUUAUCCUAUUAAACCUCCAAAGUCUGUCACCAUGGACUCAGAACCAAAGCCCUUUACAGAUGUGAGCAUUGUCAUGAGAUCUGCAGGACAUUCCCAAAUAUCACGCAUUAAGUAUUUCAAAGUGUUGAUUCAAGAAAUGGAUCUCAGAUUGGAUCUUGGGUUUGUGUAUGCCAUAGCAGACCUUGUCACAAAAGCUGAGGUGGCUGAGAACACAGAGGUUGAAUAUUUUCAUAAGGAUGUAGAAACAUUUGAACAAGAGUAUGAAACAGUUUCAUCAGUAGAUCAAUCUCAAAUCAAUCUCUUCGAGUAUUUCCAUAUAUCUCCUAUCAAGUUGCAUUUGAGUGUUUCACUGAGCUCUGGUAGAGAAGAAGCUAAAGAUUCAGGACAACGUGGAGGACUGAUUCCUGUUCAUUCUUUAAAUCUUUUGCUGAAGAGUAUUGGUGCCACCCUUACAGAUGUGCAAGAUGUAGUUUUUAAACUUGCCUUUAUUGAACUCAACUACCAGUUCCGUACAACAUCUGAACUGCAAUCUGAAGUAAUAAGACACUAUUCAAAACAGGCUAUUAAGCAAAUGUAUGUACUCAUUCUCGGACUUGAUGUUUUGGGAAAUCCCUUUGGCUUAAUUAGAGAAUUUUCAGAAGGCGUAGAAGCAUUUUUUUAUGAACCUUACCAGGGAGCCAUCCAGGGUCCUGAAGAGUUUGUGGAGGGAAUGGCACUAGGACUGAAAGCACUGGUUGGCGGAGCCGUUGGUGGGCUAGCUGGUGCUGCCUCCAAAAUCACCAGUGCGAUGGCUAAAGGAGUAGCAGCCAUGACGAUGGAUGAAGACUACCAGCAGAAAAGAAGGGAAGCAAUGAAUAAGCAGCCAGCUGGCCUUAGAGAAGGCAUCACUCGUGGAGGAAAAGGCCUGGUUUCUGGUUUUGUAAGUGGCAUUACGGGGAUUGUUACAAAACCAAUUAAAGGUGCUCAAAAGGAAGGCGCAGCGGGUUUCUUCAAAGGCGUCGGGAAAGGUUUAGUUGGAGCAGUGGCAAGGCCAACAGGUGGCAUCAUAGACAUGGCCAGCAGUACCUUUCAGGGGAUCAAAAGAGCUACAGAGACUUUUGAAGUAGAAAGUCUGCGACCUCCCCGGUUCUUUAAUGAAGAUGGAGUUAUCCGACCUUACAGGCUGAGGGAUGGUACAGGAAAUCAAAUGUUACAGGUCAUGGAAAAUGGAAGAUUUGCAAAAUACAAGUAUUUUACCCAUGUCAUGAUCAACAAAACAGAUAUGUUCAUGAUAACGAGAAGUGGUGUGUUGUUUGUAACAAAGGGAACAUUUGGACAACUUACAUGUGAAUGGCAGUAUAGUUUUGAUGAGUUUACCAAAGAGCCAUUCAUUGUUCAUGGGAGAAGAUUGCGUAUUGAAGCAAAGGAACGAGUGAAAUCUGUAUUUCAUGCCAAAGAAUUUGGGAAAAUAAUUAACUUCAAGACUCCAGAGGAUGCUAGGUGGAUCCUUACAAAGCUGGAAGAAGCAAGAGAACCAUCUCCGAGCCUGUGAAGAGGGAAUGCAGCCUGGAGGGACAGCAAUUGUUAUUACAGUUCCUUGCUGUACCUUCUCACCCCUGUGGAGAAUAGGAGUCAUUCCAGGGAUCCUAUGCUUUUAAAUGCGUUUAAAAAAAAAAAAAACAAAAAACAGAAUCAAUUGGGUUAAACAGCUAUGUGAUUAAAAUACUAGAAGGUCCAUUCAGUUUCCUAAUCUGAAUCAUGCAUCUGGUUAUGAUUCUUUUUUAUAAAAAGAAGUGUUUACUUCAGGGUAUUCUCAGUAGUAGUAGACAGAUUGCUCAGUCUUCAUGUCAAGCAAAAUGUGGUUUCCCAGUUAAUACUGUAAACUUCUCUCAGGCUUCCUUUGUCUCCCUAAGUGACGGGAAAUGAUCAGAUUAAGCACUGCCUCAGUAGUGACAUGAAAACUUUGGUAAUUUCUUCAGAAUCAUGAAGUUCUUUUUACAAAUAAAUAUUUUGGUAUUUUCCUUAUUUUAAAAAAUGGUUUGGAUUAUACUAAGAUGCAUAGUAUAACUGUGAAAAACAAUCUUUUUUGAGAUUGGACAUAAUGCCCCUUGAAUCACAGACAGAGAGGCUUUAAAAACUGAGUAUCAUACCCCAAAAAAAUGGUACAAUCUUUCUAGAUCUUUAGAGCCUUGGAAAUAUUUCCUCAGGGAAACCCCAUGGAUUUACCCAGUUUGUGUUGUUAAUAGAUGGUUGUUUUUAAAGUAAAAAUUUACAGCCUUAAUAUUGCUUACCUUCUGUUUACUGGUAACAAGAAUUUAAAAAUGCAAAAAAAAUAAAAGCUCUUGCUGGCAUCUUAGCGCUAAUGAAUUAUGCUCUGGAAUAAAGAGCUCUUAUCAUGAGUUAAAGGACAAACCCUAAAAUCUAACCAGUAACCCAUCCUAUUGUCUUGGAUUAAGAAUUUCAGGUUUGCCUACUCUCUAGUUAUUCAGAUGAGAAACACUUAGUUAAAAAUACAGGCUCGUCGCUACAAAAGUUCCACACUCCAUCUCAGUAAAAAACAAGGUUACAGGUUUUUCCCCCUUUGGUUUUAAUCCAAGAUCUUUGCUCUUUACUGUGACUGGACUGUUUAAAGUGAAACAGAAUGAUUGUCCAAUUGUGACCUAUAAACAGAAUGUCUUAAUUGGUUAUUGAAUACACACGGUGUUCAAUCUAUAUUGUAAUGUUACCAACUUGUUAUAAACUGGUGUUGAAAUUGAAGAGUUUUGCUUGGUCACUGGGUAUUUAAUCUACAGGUUUGUGAAGUCUCUUGCUUUACUGUACAACCUGGAAUGAAUAGCAUGCAAGUCUGUACCUGCAGUUGUUGCUGCCCAGAUCCUGCUAUUGUUACCAUAUGAUUUCACAGAACACAUUGUUAUUGGUGGUGUCCCCCAGAAUGCUUUCUCUGCUAAACAUAAGUUGAAUCAAAAGAUGACACAUCUCCAAUUGUUGUAGUUAUGCCUCCCUAAGAUGACCUUUCUUCAAGGUAGGGUGUAAGUUUUCUCUGUUGCUGAGCCCCUCCAGGUUUGCAGAUUAAACCUGCAAGGAGAGGUCGGUAUCAUCUCUGUAUCUGGAAUGUUGCUUUCUGGCACUGCAGUCACUGCCAAUAAUUAAAUACCUCAUUAGUUACUUCUUUCAUGAGUUCAGAAAAAUUAGAUCCAUAACUCUUCAGGUAUGCCAUGGCAAAGUGCAAAAGUAAUAGUUAGCAUAGCGGCUCUGUGUCUUCUGGCAGCCAGCAGGAUGGGUUUUAUAACUGGUGCACAUACAUAGCUAAUGUGCCUGUUCUCCUUGUUCCUGUAUCAAUAAAAACUGAGAAAUAGCUCCUGUUCCUUAUGAAUCAUGUGCCUAUCACCUCCUCCCAUCUCUCUCUGACUACCUCCUCCCAUCACUUUCUGACUGUGCACUAGAAAGACACAGGUUGUUCUAGGAUAGUCUGUGUCUAAACAACUAUGAAAACUAGGAACACUAACCGCCAUUGACAUAGACAAGACAUUCACAUGAUAUUUUAUGAUUUACAGUUAUGUGUUUGAGUCAAUAGUCGUUUUCAGAAUCCAGAUCUUUUGAGAAAAAUCAUCCAGGAAUCAUAGUAUUCAGAUUUCUCCAAUAGCUUCACUUUCACUGUGUGUGAGGGGGCGGGGGUGGUCUUCCCUGGCAUCUGGAGUCCUGGGGUUUUCCAUUAUUUCUAUCAUAAUCAUCUCCUUCCAGUGAGUAUCACUAUGCCAGUAUCUAAUCUGUUAAAAGCAUCCACAGGUUGGUGCCCCAUUCCUACCAGGUUUUUAAAAAAAUUUAAAAAAAAAUGCUCAACCCUGAAUUUCCUGUACUUUGGAUCACUAUGUUGGUUCAUUCUUUAGUUCUGCUAAUUGCUCCCUUGCAUAGACCUCUGCAUUAGAAAGAUGAAGACAACGCAUGUGCCAUAUAUACUUACAGGUGUCUGAAACUAUCAGGUCUGUCUGUCUGUUCUCCAGGUUUUUUCUUUUUGUUUACCUCUGAUGCAACUGAAAUCCUCAACGGCAGUGUUUUUCAAAUUAUAGGUCUUAACCAAUGGGUCAUUAAGUCACCUUAAUAACUAAAGACAAUCAUAUUUUAAAAAUUGAAUAGUAAAGAAAUACAGGAACAAGAGAACACAUAAAAACAAAUACUCUUUUCUGUUUAUAAUUUAAAAAUCACAUUUUAGUGUUAGAUUUUUUUUUAAAGUGAAUAAAAAGCCUGAAAGCCUAGGUCUGUCUGGAACUGCUGGAACUGUGGCCAUGCCCACGGCUCCCUCCCUGGAAACAGGCUGGUUUCAGUUGUUUCUUAGCUCAUAAAGAGCAGGCUCAGAGCACAGUGGUCACCUUUAGGAUGAGAAGUCAGGAGAAAGCUUGUUCUACUGUAUGAAAUAUUUUACUUCCCUUUCCUCGUAGAAGAUCCGUGAAACCAGAAAAGCAUAGAAAAUUAACUUGACAGAUGACACCCAAAAAGACCAGAGGCUGGUAGAGGUCCUUCACUUCAGGGCGUCUAACCCCCAUCUGUCUUCAGUCUGGCUCAUCAUGCAGGUGGUAAAGAGCCUGACAAACCGGUAGCUAACCAUUAUUGUAGACCUGGAACACCCACCUGCUGAGGGUGCCAUACAAACAAAUAUCAGUGCAUUUUAACUAAAAUACUGCAUUUAUUCAUCUCCAUAAGACCUAAGUAGAAAAGGAAGGCUUGCAUUUCUUAUAUCAGAUUAUUCCAAAUUCAUCAGUCUGUUUCCCACUGGUGCUGCAUAGAAUCACAUAUCCUUCCUCAGUCUAGAAAAGAACCUUUGCCCUCUGCCUGAUCUUCUGGAUAUAUUUUUGAAGUUUUACUUCAUUGUUAAUGUUAAAGCAUCUGAGUUUACACUAGUUGGCUAGAUUGUGUUUUUUUAUGAUCUGUUGUAUAUAGUGUAGAGGGGUAAGCACUAUACCCAACAACAUGACUUCCUCCACUGACCUAGAAGAUGGUGCCUUGCUAAAUGAGAGGGGGCUGUGUCUUAUCAGAAGCCCUGCUAAUGUUUCUUCAAUUAAAACCUUUUCUAUUUGUUGCCUCUUUUGUAAAAUAAUCUCAUGUAAUUUAAAAGUACUUUUACUUUAGCAUUAAAGGUUCUUGAUUUUUCUUAAGCAUUACAUCAUUCUUUAAAAGAGGAAAAUUUGAUUAACCCAAAGCUGGACACAUAACAAAUGUAGCUUCAGAUUUUACAGGUCGAUAUGAGUAUAUUUUCAAACUUGAGUUUUUUUUAAUACAGAUAUCAAUUUGAGUUGUAGUUGUAACACCUGCUGUGAUCUCUAUCAAAUUGCCUCGAUUUAAAACCUGUCAUUAAAUACGUUUCUGCCGUAGCAGUGCUUCCUUCUAGUAAACUGUGUAGCAAGGACCCUCGUGAGGCUGUGAGAAUGAAAGUGUCUAAUGACUAGAAGUGUUACCACAGCAGAGCGGGGUGAAACCCUCAGUGUUUAUGAUGUCCUCCUGCCACCAUUGUUUAAUUGACUGCAUACAAGUUGCCAGUGUUUGGGCAGGAAAGCAUUUCAAAAAGCAACAUACUAUAGCUUAGAAAGAAUAUUCUCAGUAUCAAUACACACAAGCCCACCAAUAAUUAUAAAUUAUAUUUAGGACUAAAUUAUAUUUAGGACCAUUUUUUAAAUGGUCAUCUCUGUAUACAAGUGUAUUACAGUUAAUGAAAUUUUGGGGGAAGAUAGUAUUUAAAAAUACUAUCUUGCUAGUUUUUUAAUUGUACAGUUCCACUUCUAUGCAAUGUCCAGACUAGUGUCUAUUUUCAUAUUGACUUAAUAGCCUGUGCUUCUUUGAAAUGUUUGUUAUUAUUUGUUAAAAACAUGACCAUUGGUUAUUAUAGGUUUUAAAGUAUUCCUCAUUGCAUCAGUAUUUCCUGUUCUAUUCCUAGUAUCUCUUGUAUGUAAACAUGACCUAAUUAUCUAUUACACUGUGGUUGCCGAAGUUUUGUGUAUUUUGAUAUAGUCUUGACACAGGCAUUUCAAAUGAGGUUCUUAUUUUUAAAACUAAUCUUAGUCUUUUUCUUUCUAAAAUACUAACACUUGAAACAUUGCAUGCUAAAAUGACUACCCAGUGUAACCAUAUGUGAGUCCAAUAAAGCUUUCUGGUCUUC